AUGACCCUACUCAAGAGCUGCGCUCUAACUCUCCUCCUCCUCCAACAAUCUACCCUCGCAAGCCCCCAAAACCAGCCCCAACUCCACUCAAAUGCCACCCUCAACCUUGCCCAAUCCAACCUCAACCCCCGCGACAUAUUCCUGACAAACCGCGACUACUACGACUGUCCAACCGGCUACGCAGAAUGCAGCACCGAUACAUCCAAAUGCUGCCCUAGCGGCAACGGGUGCUGUAGUAACGGGUACUGUUCCGAUCCAGGCGACACAUGCUGCAUCGUCGGAACAUGUCCUAGUGGCUGGAACUGCUGUGGGAAUAAUGGCUAUUGCUCCCCUGUUGGCGGCGAAUGUUGCCAAAGAGGCUAUUAUUGUGAUGCGGGGUAUCAGUGUAAGAUUUGGAAUGGGGAGAAGGUUUGUUGUCCUGAUAGUGGGUGUGUGGGGUCUGAUGGGGAGGGGAGUUUGGGGAAUACGGUUGGUGGGUCCGGUGAGACUUCUGCGACGGCUACGGUGACUGGGUUUGUUUCCGGGUCUUCUGCUGCGUCGAAGACUGAGACUGAGACCGAGACUUCUUAUACUUCUUAUGCCUAUGCGUAUGAGUAUUAUUAUACUACGUACUACUGGUCUUACUGGGUUUACUUCUGGACGUCUUAUUCGCCUUAUACGGUGCAGCUGGUUACUUCGACGGAGACUACUACCACAACUAUCUGGUCGGUUUAUGCGACUGGCACUGCUGAGGCGAAUGAAUGGUUCGCGUAUAGUGCUAGCUACUACUCGCUUUCCGCCCCUUACUCUGCUACAUACCUCGAGAGCUCUACGAGCCCGGUUCCCAUUGCAACAGGUGAUACAGGUACUGCUACGGCAACGGGUGGAAAUGUUCUUCAUGUGGGCAUUGGUGCGGCAAGUGGGGUCACUGUUCGUGCAUGGGUCCCUUGGACAUGUGCGACGUUUGGGGUCUUAAUGGGAGCUUUAGCUUUUGGUCUUUGA